AUGCCGACAGACCCCCACGGCCAAGCCCACACUGGCACCUACGGUUUAUUCGAUGACCCCGACGAGCUCGCGCAGACCACCGCAAUCGAAGAAGCCAACGAAAUCCACCGCCUCGAAGGCCAAAUUCGGCGUCAAGAACGCAGCGACCGACGUCUAGAUCAUAAAAGGGAAAAGGCAGCAAAACGAGCAGCUUCAGGGAAAGCACCAAAGUCGAAGACAUCAUCUUUAUUCAGCAGGGUCUUUGGAGGAGGAGGAGGCAAAAUUUCUGGAAGUAUCCAUGAAUCUGCAAGACUUUUGAGAAACGAUUACGAGGAUGAGGAGGUGGAGAAGAAAGCCAGAAAGUCCGAGUACCAGAUUAUGAGGAGACCAGUGACACCAGAAAUGGUUUAUCAUGCUGAGGAUGUUGAUACAUCGGUGAAUAGUCCGUGGCUAAGCGAGUGUGGUAUGGUUAAAGUUAAGAGCGAUGACAUUGGUGGUUUCCAUAUUGUGUCGAAAAAGGAUAUCAAGAAGAGCGAGUAA